UCACAGGUAUAUAACAGCUCCGGACGCGCGUUAUUUUGUUAGGAGGCUCAUAGAAAUGGACGCUGGUAACGUGGCCGCAGCUGCUGGCAGGGGACCGCAUUCUAGGGUUCCUUGCAGAGCAUUUAGCCGUGGUGCCUGUAGAUGGGGUCAAAACUGUCGCUUCUCGCAUGAGAGGAGGUCUUCCCAGAUCUGCCGUCAUUUCCAGAAUGGCUACUGUGGCUAUGGGGAAUACUGCAGCUACCAGCACUUGACAUCUCUGUGCCAGCCUCCUAAUCAUGAUACCCACUACCAUUCAGGACGUCGUGUUUCUGAACCCUGCAUUCUUCCUCUGCCUCCAGUGUAUGUGGGCGGUCGUCGAGGGUCAGAGCCAGUAGUUCAUCCAUUACAUGAAGCUGGAAUAGAAGGGAGACGCAGGACAGGACCACCCAGAGAAAACUGGGCUCUAGCUGCAGAGUUUGUGCCAAGACAUACAGGGCUCAUGAGAUCUGUCUCUAGUCCUUCCCUUCAGAAUAAGGAUGAUUCCAGGAAUGAAACAGAAGUAAAAGAACCAACUUCUCUUCAAAUUAUUCAUUCUCCGAGGGAAUCCCAUCCACAGUAUGAGAUCAGCAGGGAUGUGGUUUGUGGAAUCUGCAUGGACAAAGUGUAUGAGAAGCAGGCUGCAGAAGAGCGAGUGUUCGGCAUAUUGCCAAACUGUAACCAUGCUUACUGCGUUGGCUGUAUCAGACGCUGGAGAAAAACUAGAGACUUUCAAAAUGAGGUCAUCAAGGGCUGCCCUCAAUGCCGCAUUAAGUCAAGCUAUUACAUUCCUCAUAAGUACUGGAUUGGAGAAUCCACAGAGAAGACAAAACUAAUUGAAAGUUUCAAAGCCAAGACAAGUAAAAUUCGGUGUCGCUUCUUUGUGCGGGGAAAUGGCCGCUGCCCAUUCAAAUCUGAGUGUAUUUACCUACAUGAGCUUCCAUCAGGACACCAUAGGAGGAGACGGCGCGAACGUAGGAGGCCCAGUGCUCCAUCUCUGUCUUACACUCAGUUAAUGGGCAUCUUUGAAGAAGAUUUCAGUGAGCAGGAAGAUACAGAUCUACUCCACUGUGCCCUGACUCUUGCACUUAUAGAAAACUUGGAAUGGGGAUUGGAAUUGCCAGAAGAGGUUGAAAUUUUGUGGGCCGAUUCCAGUGAUUCAGAUUAAAACUUCCCAAUUACCAGUGUUUUUGUGUCUCUUGUCUUAGCCUUCCCUUGUUCCACUUCAAGUGGGUACAAUUUCUUAAGAUUACCCACAAACAACCAUGUCUUAUCACAAGGAUGUGCAAUUUUUCUGUAUUGGGUUUGUCUGCAGCAGUGCUGUUAACAGCAGGCAUCUAAGAAGAAACCAAUCUAACUAUAUAUUUUUUUUUUUUUUAAGUCUAAAAUUUUACAACAUAAAUAUAUAAUAUUUAAAAAUUUGUACUUUGUAAUAAAGAUUUGUUAACAUA